UGCUUAUCUCCACUUGAACCAUAUCACCGCCAGUCAGGCCAGGAAUGAAUUGUAAAUGAUUAUGAUUAGCAAUUCUACUAUGUCACGACAGUCAUAUGUAAUACAAUGAUCAACGUACCAAUGUCCCCGCACUCCUCAUGCACUCUCAACCAAUGCUGGAUCAAAUACACCCUCCGCACCAACCUCCUCCGCCUUAUCAUGCCUGAUGCUUUCCAUGCUUAAAGAAGCAUACAGCGCAGAUCGACCCAAUAGUCAUCCGUGUAUAUCCAGCCGUCUGGUCAUCAAUCACAACGUGAACGAUACGAUAGUAACGAACCAGAAACAAGACACACCCACCUCCCCAGUACAUCCGGUCUCCGCUCCUGUCUCCACGAAUAUCCAGCCUGGUGCGAGUAAAAACGUAAGGUUGCUGCUGGGGGCACAUGGAGUUAGUUAUAAGUUCGAAAUGUACCGGUAUAAAGAGAAACGCGCACCUCACUUCGCCACCCACCCCACCUAUCCCUCGCCCUCAUCCACGGCGCACGAUCCGGAGGCCUCAAACGUAUCUCGCUCCACGUCCCAGUUCCCGCACCAACCAAUGUAUUCCCAGACGCAGCCCCAACAUCAAACCCCGACCCGAAACCCGAACCUGCUCCUGCAGCAUCAGGAUCAUCCUGCGCACCGAACGACGAAGGAGGAAGAAGGCCCCGGAGGCCCCUCUCAUUCUCUCACAAUUCGACCUCCCACAUCACAGCGCCCCAAUGUCUGUCUUCGAGUCUGUCGAAGUCGAUUCAGGCGGCGGAGCUUCAGUUUGAGGGAAGCGUGUUUGGAACAUGUCGUCGCAGACUAAGGUAGUA